CAGUCAGUCCGCCAAGCCAAGCGUCGAGAAGUGACCGCCGCGGGCAUUCAAAUUGUGCUCGCUCGCUCGCUCACUCACUCGCUCAUCAUCUCAAUCAUCUGGAACUUUUGAGGGGCAAAGCACCCUCACAACCACGUAGCGCAGACGCAGUCCAUCUAUUUCAGUCCUUUGAACCGGAUUCCUGCAUCGCACACGUACCCACAUACACACACACACGCAUCAUGUCGACAUUCGCACCCCGCGCUUCUCUCGGCAUGUUUGCUCUUCGCAUCUCGGCCGGAGCGGAGCCUACGCUGCUGGAUGCCAUUCACGAUGUUCACAUUACCAACAUCUGUCUCGUCGAUCCUAGCGAGGAGCAAGAGCAAGAGGAGCGAGAAGAGGCAUCAUCAUCUGCUGCGCUCAACAAGGUGACGCUAACGUCGUCGUCGUCGUCGUCGGAGAGCGCAAAGGCGACAAAGGCUGUGGUCAGAUUGCACAGGACUUUUUUGCCGGGCUUUGAAGGGGAAGGAUUCGGAUUGGAGGAUGAGAGCGAUGAGGAUGAGGAUGAUGAAGACGACGAGGAUGACGAUGGGGAGGAAGAUACGGCAGAGGAAGAGGAUGAGGCCAGCGAGCAAGUCAAGGUCGCGGAUGAAGAGGACGAAGAAGACGAAGAGGAGGAGGAGGAGGAUGACGAUGAAGAGGAAGACUUUGAGGAAGAGAGCUUCGCUGUCUGCCACCUCUACCCAGGAAAGACCGAACAAGCUCAAGUCUCGCUGCGAUUCACAUCCGAUGAUCUGGUCGGAUUCUCCGUCUCGGGCGGUUGGGCCAUCGAUAUCAUCGGCUCUUACGAGGCUUCGCCCGACGGGUACGACUUGUCGCCGGAUGAAGAGGAGGACUUGUACAGCGAUGAUGAUGAUGAGGAGGAUGAUGACGACGACGAAGAGAUCGAUAGCGAUGAGGCCGGAAGCUUGCCUGAUCUCAAGAGGAGAAUCGGAAGGAAAGCAGAUGAGGAUGAUGAUGAUGAUGAUGAUGAUGAUGAGCUGGACCUCGACAGCGACGACUUGGCCGCACUGAUGGCAGAAGAAGACGACGAGGACGACGAGGAUGAGGACGAGUACGAUUCGGACGCCUCAGAGGAGGAGGAUGCUGCAGGUCGCUUCACCGAAGUCGUGGAAGAGGCGCCGGCUCGAGCAAGCAAGAAGCGCGCAUUGUCCGAAGUGGAUGCGGAAGAUUCGAUGGACGUCUCUACGGCAGCCGAAGUGACGCAGGCCGAAUUGCAGCGCGCUGCCAAAGAGGCAGGACUGGAUGCGGAUCUGUCCAAACUGAGCAAAAAUCAGAAAAAGAGAUUGAACAAGAAGUUGAAGGCUGCUGCUGCUGCUGCUGAGGGGGAAAUAGAGCAAGAUGUUCAGGUGGAUGCAAAAGUGGCCAAGGUUCAGAAGCUGGGCCAGGAACCCGCUGUUGUCAAGCAGACCGCCAUCGCGGCUACGACGCCUGCGGUCAAUGCCAAGGCUGCGGUCAAGGACGUCAAGACUGCGACGCAACAAAUCAAAAAGACCAAGCUCCCAUCGGGUCUGGAGAUUGAAGAUCGCAAGGUCGGUAGUGGUCCAGCAGCCAAAACGGGCAACCGCAUCGGCAUGCGCUACAUCGGCAAGCUGUUGUCGGGCAAGACGUUCGAUCAGAACACCAAGGGCAAGCCGUUCAAUUUCAAAUUGGGCCGCGGAGAAGUGAUCAAGGGGUGGGAUGAGGGUAUAAAGGGCAUGCAGGUGGGAGGAGAGAGGCGCAUCACCAUUCCUCCUGCGCUCGCUUAUGGAAAGAGGGGAGCACCGCCCGAUAUUCCUCCCAACGCUACGCUCGUCUUUGAUGUAAAGGCCGUCGAGAUCAAGUAAAGCUGCUUCUCGAGCCCGGCCCCCCGCUCUCUGCAUUUCAUUGCCGGACCAAAUCACUUUUGCGCGCACGCAUGUUACCUCUUUCCACAUACAGAAAAUCGACCAACGCGCUCGUCGACGCCUCACGCUGCAUACGUGACUGAACCGCGCGCUCGAAGCUGG